ACCGACUGAAUGGAGGAACUUGCCGUCGUGGGUGGCCCCCCGUUGCCUGGAUCGGGGGGGUGGUCGUGGGGGCAGGGAGCAGCGUGCGUGUGGUCCUUCGUCCGGCGCGUCCGGCAUACCCGACUACCCGCCGCCCGGCGUCGUUGGCUAUAGAAUGCGUUGCGAGCACGAUUGCAUGCGGAUCGCUUUGUCUGGAAAGACGCUUCUCGGCGACGCUCUGAUGACAAAUCGGGCGAAUGUCGGAGGUUGUCGUGGAAAGAUUGGCUGAUAAUUACUUUCCUUGAUUAAGGAGUACUCGAUAUCAAGAUGCUCCGGCUUGCCUUUUUGAUAAUGGCAGUACUCCACGGAGUUGAAUCAGACCUAAGCCGGAACUUUUUGCCUGUUGCCAAUGGUGAUAAUGAAACCUGGAACGGAAUAGAGAUCGGAAGGUCAGGGCUCAGACACGAAGACCAGAGUUUUUUGGGAUAUUCAAGCGCAGAGUUUGCAAAUUGUCGGAAGUCGGCAAAGUGUAUUGAUAUUAGCAACAAUACUUUGUGCAUGGGCACUAGAUUGACAUAUUCAACUACCACUUUAGACCUCGUCCCUGAUUUUGCCCUGGAAGGGAGUAUACAGGAUAGUUUGAACCAAUUUCGUGGUCUUAUGCACAUUCCAAAGUGCUGGGCAGUUGUUCAACCAUUUUUGUGUUCAAUCUUCAUGCCAAAAUGCAUCAAUGGUAUUGUGGAUUUGCCUUCGCAGGAGAAGUGCAAAAUGGUCGCUGGCCCAUGCCGUUUACUGCUUAAUCACACAAUCUGGCCAAGUUUCAUUAAAUGUGAAAAUGCAGAACUUUUCCCAAAAAUGUGUAAAAACGAUGUUAGAGACUUGAAAUUCAAUACUUCCGGUAAAUGCCUGAAGCCACUUGUACACACAGACAAUUCACUAUCCAUUUUCGAGGGUAUUGAAGGGUGCGGCACUCAGUGCAGCGAUCCACUGUUCACACCAGAUGAACAGCGUCAAAUCCAUUCUUUUGUCGCAUGGGCCGCUGCAACCUGUCUUCUGUUCAAUUUGUUUACCGUGGUCACAUUUUUGAUUGACUGGAGGAGUGCUAACAAAUACCCAGCUCUAGUAAUAUUCUACAUCAAUAGCUGCUUCAUGGUAUCCUGUGUAGGGUGGCUAGCACAGUUCGGUCCUGGUAGCAGAGAUGUUAUUGUUUGCCGCAAAGAUGGCACAUUAAGAAUGAGUGAACCAAGCGGUGAAAACUUGUCCUGCGUGGUGGUAUUUGUACUCAUUUACUAUUUUCUGAUGGCAGCUAUGGUUUGGUUUGUUAUUUUUACAUACGCGUGGCAUAUGAGUUUUCAAGCUCUUGGAAAGAUCCAGGACAGAAUUGAUAAAAAAGGAGCUUAUUUUCAUCUCAUUGCUUGGUGUCUUCCGCUUGUGUUGACAGUCACCAUUAUGGCUCUGGGAGAAAUAGAUGGAAAUAGUGUUACUGGAAUAUGUUUUGUGGGCUAUGCAAAUCACGCGGUGAGAGCAUGGUUUUUAUUGGGACCUAUUUGCAUUGUACUACUUGUUGGAGGAUAUUUCUUAUCAAGAGGAUUGAUAACGUUAAUUCAUCUGAAGAUAAGCAGUCAGGAAGUAAUAUCUAAGCGAGCAAGCUCCAAAAUCCGAGAAACAAUUGUUAGAUUGGGAUUAUUCUCAAUAUUUACCUUUGUGGCAGUAAUAGUAACAUUUUAUUGUCACAUCUAUGAAUUCCAACACUCGUGGGAAUGGAAACAAAGCUUCCGAGAUUAUAUGAUCUGCACUAUUACAACGAAGUAUAACGCAGGAGUAUCGGAAUGUAAAAUGACAUCAAGACCCAGCGCGGCCAAGCUUCAAUUACAUUUACUGUCACCAUUCUUUGCUGGUGUUUUAAUGUCUUCUUGGGUCUGGACAGGAUCAACUGUGGAUACCUGGAAAAGAUUUCUUAGACGAACUUUCAACUGUGAGGCAGAAGAACAAAUUAUACCGAAAAAGCACAAAGCAAUUGCUAAAGCCUAUGAAAAGAGAAAUACGUUCAAAAAUGCUGGACGAUUGUCUAUAAGCUUCCACAACACACAUGAAGAUCCAGUUGGUCUAAAUUUUGAAUUAAAUUCAGUGGCUUCUCAAGACUUCAGUUCAACGUGGGCAGCUGCUUUACCAAAGUUAGUGACAAGGAGGGGGGCUUUAGUUGGUGUAACAACAGGAUCUGUAUCGAGCAACCGACGAAAUUCCGUUGAUUCGGAAAUUAGUUUUAGCGUUCGCCGUGUGUCUGUAGAGUCCCGGAGAAAUUCUUUGGAUUCCCAAAUCUCUGUACAAAUAGCAGAACUUAAGACAACUAGAAAAGUAGCCUCAACUACUUUGCCUGGUAAUUCUCGCGGCAGGCGAGUAAAACGCAGGAGACGUGAUUUCAGCAAGACGAGAUCUGGAAAAGUUAAACCACUUUUUCGAAGAGGUAGUACAACAUCACAGGAGAGCGAACUGGGAGCCCAGAUUCUUUCAGCUUUGACUAUUGGAGGGAAUCCCAACAAUCUGCCCUUACAAAUGCCCAACAUGAAAAGAAGAUCUGCCAGUGCUGGCCUGGAUGGACAAGCUAUAAAUUCAAAAAUGCUAGAUGGUAAAAACGCAGGCAUGUUAUUGCCGUUUUUAUUCCCAGGACACAGUGACAGUGACGAAAACUUGAGCAGUGAAGAGAAAGGUUCGCGUAUUAAACCAUGUAAAGACAUUGACGUGGAAGCCUGCAAUGUGGAUAAAGAAGAACAGGAAAGCGAGAGCGAAGAUAGCCAUGCUGAAGAAAAUACGAAAAUGUUACCUGUUGAAGAACCUCCCGAGCGAAGUAAAAGUAAGUCGAGUAACAACAGUACAAAGAGCUAUAUUCAUGACAGUGGUAGGCGAAGCAAAGAACUCAAAGUAAAAGACAUAGAAGUAGAGCUCAAAGACAUGUAUAGAAAAGGUGACUUGGUAUCGAGUUUGACAUCUUUCUGUCCAGAGCUCUCUCGACUCAUACAGUCUGACGAUUCAAAAACUAAGUCAACGAAGCGUCAAAAUGAUGAUGCAAACAUUCAAUCCAAUGCCAGAGAGAUGGCUACACAAACUUCUCUCCCUCUCGAUAUUUUAGAGAUGGAAGAAUUAAAGCAAAGUAUUGAUGAAAUAAUUAACAGUAGAAAUUGUAGCUCUAAAGGAACACAGAUUUCUCCACAACUCAACAAAACAGCUAAUCGUAAAUCUUCUGACAUCAGGUAGAAUCGUGUAGUCAUACCUGAAACUUGAAAUGUAUUUUAAGGCGAAUUUAGUGUCAGGUAGUAUGGAGUCGGCAUAAGUACCC